AUGGGUCUGGUCUCGAGACCGCUUACUAGUGACCAAGAGUCGACAAGCGGGUUCUUUGGAGACUCGUCCACCAUCGCCUUUAUCAAGCAGUUGCAGGACACGGUCAAAUCAAGGACACCAAAGCCCCCACAGGAGCCUUCCCAUCAGGAUUCACGUCGAUCUGUGAAUCAGGAAAGCCCAAGGGCCCUUAUAAACGUCGCUGACUCUCGCGAGUUGCUUCCACCACGCCACUUGGCAGACCACUUGGUUGACUGCUAUUUUACCAAAAUCCAUAGUCUGUACCCAUUCGUGCAUAAAGUGGCAUUCUUCACGGCUUAUGAAUCACUGUGGAGUCAAGACGGACUCCCCUCCAGUGCACGAUCAACCCGUGGACUGGGUCUCGGUGAUUCCAGUGAGACUCGCACGACCUUUUACUACGGGCUGAACGUUGUCUUUGCUUUAGCAUGCCAAUUCUCUGAUAUAAUCCAGGUUGAACGCGAGGCCACAUCCGAAGCCUUUUUCCACACAAGCAAACCAGCUUUAGAUGUAGAUUAUCUCGAAGCUGGUGAUCUUGCCCUAACUCAGACCCUCCUUCUGAUGGCACACUAUCUUCAGGGCUCUCGUACCCCCAACCGAUGCUGGCAUGUGAUUGGGACAGCCUGCAGACUAGCUCAGGGAAUUGGAUUGCACUCUGAUGUGGGAAACAAGCACCGGUCAUUUGCCGAGAUACAGGUUCGGAGGAGAGUAUGGCAUGGCUGUGUGAUGCUAGACUUGGCAGUAAGCACCAUUCUUGGUCGCCCGGUCAUGAUAUCGCAUAAUCCAUCCACCCUUCUACCACAAUCUAUUGAUGACGAGCACCUAGUCGUGGAAUCCUCAAUAUGUGUACAGCCACCGGGGUUGUUUUCCCGCGUCGAGUGGUUCAUUGCGACUUUGAAGCUGUAUGACCUUCUUCGGACGACAUUGAAUACACUCUACGAUAAUGCUGAAAAGAAACCCAAAAAUGAUUCAGACAACUCGGUUCAUAGAGGGAGGACGGAAACUUUGCGCCAGAUUGAAUGCAUCACACGGAUUGACGCAGAGCUCCAGGACUUUCGACUGACGGUUCCUGGGCAACUUCGAUGGGACGUACCAAUCCACGAAACACAGGAUAACCAGUUCUUGAGAGAAAGAUGUCUGCUUAAAGCCAGAUUUCUGUACCUGAGAAUCCUUAUCUACAGGCCAGUUCUGUCACAGUCGCUACACGAGAUCUUGUCCUCUCCAGGAUCCGUGACUGAACUUAACGCUGGACGGUUGGGGACUGGAAUUCACGCAAAUUUUACCAUGGAUUGCUCGAUCUUUUGUGUGCAGUCAGCCAUUGAUCUCAUUUCCUUAGUACACGAGACUUGCAACAACGAUUUAUCAAGCGUAUGGUUUUACAAUGUUUUCUACUUAUUCACGGCUGGGUCUGUCACGCUGCUCGCUGAGCUUGACCAAUCUAUUGUCAACAUCGUGACCCGUGAAACAUUGAAGAUAUCUUGGGAUAAGUGCCAGGCAGCUCUUGAGCACCUGAAAACCUACAGCAUAGUAGCAGAACGAUGUGCCGAUAGCAUGGGGACGAUUCGAUCAAAGUUGUUGGCGGCCCUGUCGGAACAAGUUGAGCAGCAGCAAGACCCCGGCGAACAAUCUGACAUAGCAGCGCACAGCAUAGGGCAAAUGCCGUUUCCGGAGGAUCUCUUUCGUGAUUUGGCUUUCGACGAGCAAACCUUCUUUGACCCUUUCUGGUAUGAUUUGGAGUUUUGA